GUGUCCCAGACAAUUCCAAGGUCCCAGCAGCGGUCUCAAAUAGCUAUACCUGCCCAGGGCAUGAUUGAGUUUAGAGAUGAAUUGACAGCCCUGCUGGAUGAAUUUGGAACUGAUGACCAUGAAACUCAAGGUGAUCUGCCAGAAUCUAGGUCAAUGAGGGUAGAAAAUAAAAUGUUUUACUUUGAUGUUGGGUCAAAUCGUAGAGGUGUGUUUCUCAGAGUCUCAGAAGUACGGACUAACUUUCGCACUGCCAUCACCAUUCCAGAGAGGUCAUGGACAAGGUUUCGAGACAUGAUGAAUGAGUUUGUAGAAAGACCAAGUAGUAGCUGUAAAGAAGAGACUAAUUAACUUGUUUAGUAUUUAGGCGGAGGGAAUGUGCUUGGUGAUUGGUGAUGUCAGCAGUUUUGCAGCUCAACCAUUGAUGACAUCACAGCUUUAUGACUAGAUGACUGACUAUAGAGGCCUCUAAUAUAAUGUGGUGCUGGUCGAGGAGUAAUGAGAGAGCUGCUGAGUGCAGGCUAUCACCAGUCUGGUGUUCAGGAAUGUAACAGCAAAUAAACUUGACAUGACACAUCAAUGACUGUUCCAACUCACACUUGUUGAGGGAAACAUACUAGAAACUACGCUCAAGUUUGGAUAAAUCAGGAGGAAUAACGAUAUGAACAUUAUAUAAUGCUUGUGAAUUGAAAGAAACACUGUUCGGAUGGUAAAUGAAACAUUGCUAAGAAAGUAUCGAUAAGUUUGUAUGAUUUAUUUUUUCGGUGUGCAUGUAGGCUUUCACCUAUGAGCCAAAUGUUUGCGUGCAUACUGUACGCAGUUACAAUAGCUACAUAGCUAUUUUGGGUUAAUGAUAAACAGUUGUAAGAAUAUUCCACAAUCUGACUCAGUUGAGACAGGCAGGUUUGUUUGAUCCACAGUGCAUCCUUCCUUACAUCAUAUCAUGUGGCACAUUUCCUUUGACCUCCAAGUAUGUACUGUAUACUAGAUACAUGGAGUAGUGCUUAUUUCAUGAAUCCUGCCUACAUUGCAAGUUAGUGUCCCUCAUAAUUAUUAUUCUUUUGCAGCUCUAUACCUUUUAGAGUAUAAACCGGACUCCAUGAAUCGCAUCAUAUAUGUAGAUUUAGAGGUGAAGGUGUGAUUUGAUUGCUAGCACAGAGGGCACAUUUAUUCAAAAAUACGUCAUUAAAUGCCAUCGGAAAUAAACUCACCGUUGAAGCAACUAUACUUCUGCAUCUCUAAAAUACAAUGAUUAACAGUCAUCAAGGCAGAUGAUGUUAUUUUGGAGAAAUUUGCCCACUGCGUAGUAUCAACAGAGAACUGUUGGAAGCAAAAAAGGUAGCAGAUGUUAUCA